CUUCGUAACUUAAAGAGCUACCUUUCUAUCCAUUUAUUCCGGUUAUUUCAUGUGGCUUUGCUACACUACAGAAACUCGUUUUUAAUUACUUAAAUAUAAACAUGUUUAAAAAAUUCGAUGAUAAAGAGAAUGUUGGAAACACAAACAUUGCUAAAUCAUCAGUUCAAAAGGGCAUUCGGAACCAGAUUUUAGAUCAGUUUCAACACAUUGAAGAUUAUUUGGAUCAGAUUAUGCCCAAAAAGGAGCCAUUGAAACUUGUUAAAUGUACAGAACACAUUGAGCUGUUAAGUAAUCAAGCUGGAGAGGUUCUUUUCUUUCGUCAGCGUGAAGGGCCAUUGUAUCCCUCACUAAGACUUCUACAUAAGUAUCCUUUUAUCCUGCCGCAUAUGCAAGUUGACAAAGGAGCUAUUCGAUUUGUUUUAAGUGGUGCCAACAUCAUGUGUCCAGGCUUAACUUCACCGGGGGCUCGUAUGACCAAUGUUGAUAAAGAUCAGAUUGUUGCUAUUAUGGCUGAGGGUAAACAACAUGCUUUGGCGGUAGGUCUGACCAAAAUGCCCACAGAAGAGAUAUUAUCUAAAAACAAAGGAGUCGGUGUCGACAACAUACACUUCUUAAAUGAUGGACUCUGGCUUAUGAAACCUAUAAAAUAGUCUUUUUUUUUUUGGUUUUGUUUUAGCAAGGAACUGUUUAAAUAUAUAAAUGUAAAUAAAUUAUAUGUAUUAGGUGAAGUGUUGGUGUGAAAGAAUGUUGGUUAAUAUAUAGAUUAAAUACUUUUUAUUCAGUUAUGCAUUUGGUAGUGUAUGUCAGUUACGUAUUGUCAAUUUUUAUUUAUCUAUUUAUUGUAUUUUUUUUUAAGUGCAUUAUUAUGAAUGUGCUUUUUAUGGGUACUCUGGGAGUAUACCUAUAUAUAUAGUAGAUAAUACUGAUUAUGAAAAAUAUGUAAAAAGUAUGAUUUUGAAAUGAUUUAACAAAGUUUUUUUCGUUUCUCAAAAUUAUUAAAUAACUAUUAAUUAUACUAAAAUAAAUGAAAACCAAUUUUUCAUAACUUUUAAAAAUAGUUUAAUUAGAUUUUUAAUAAAGUGAAUUAUAAAUUUUAGAUACUUCAUUUUUCAGAUUCAUUCUCUCUGUUAUCCUUGGGCCCCCUUUCCCCCCCCCCCCACACACACACAAAAUAAAAGAAACAGUGUUCAAAAACAUUAUUACAUUAUUGUUUUAGCCCUUGUUUAAAACAUUCUUGAGCAUUGUAAAAACUUAACUGAUAGUAUAAAGGUUAUGAAGAGCCUGUGGGCAAGUGAUCUAUGGAACUAUACAUGAUGUCUCGAGUUUGAGGGUCUUUAGUUAUGAUAUGACUUGCUUAGUGCAUGGGUGUGUUUUACAAUUAUCUAAAGUUUUGUUCAGACUUUCCAGAAAAUGUGUUUGUACAUAUGGUAAUUCAAAUUAUCUUUUUGUUUAAAGAGAGUAUUGUUCUAACUUAUUAUGACUGACACAGAAAAAAGUUUAUUACUUUGUGUAACAAACUUAACAUUCAAGCGUUUUGUUUUUUUUUAAAGUUGUUAUAAAACGUACACAUUUUCACACAUUUCUGGGCAGAUAUAUAACAGUAUUUAAUAAAUGUUGGAGUGCUUGUCUGCCACCAUUCCCAUGUAGAUUGGUAGAUCGUUAUGGAAAUAAUUUGUUGUUAAAAUGAAAGGUUUACGUCUACAUUUUAAAUACAAUUUUAAACAUGCUAAGCUUACUUCAGCUAAACAUUCUCUUUUUUUUUUAUACUCAUUUGUUUUUUGUUGCUGCUUGUUUUAAAACAAACUUUGAGGUAAUAUUUUUCUAAUACAGCUUUAUAUAAGAUUUUUUAAAUGCCAUAUUAGAAAAUAUUGAAAUUUGCCCUCUCUUUAAUUCUUUCAAAUGUUUGUUUCAAAAAUCAUGAGAAAAUAUUUGUAUUGGAUCAAGCAAGGUGUCGGUAGUAAGUUAAUGAUUAAAAAGUAGAGCACAUUCUUCAGGUGACUCUGCUCCUCUUGUUCUCAAAAGUGUCACAUUUUUGCCUGGAAUCAAAAUAAAGUCUGUUUUCCUUUUGUUUUA